CGAAGGUUUAGGAAGACAAGUCUUGUCGAGGUGAGUUGAGGCCCCUAUACAUUUUACUAUGUGACGAAAGAGAAAAGGGAUUUGAUAUUAUCUGCGACAUCUCAUCUUCAUUUCUUUCCACAUAUUCCAGAAAAAAAUAUCUCGUGUGCACAACUUAGCGCGCAAGAUACCAAAAACUCUGGGGCGAAAAAUAUGUGAUCAAGAAACGAAGAUGAGAUGCAAAAACGCCGAUGAUAUUCAACUCCCCAUUUUUGCUCAAAACACCAGUAGAAAAUAAAAAACUAACAAAUCAUUCUCAAAUCAGACCUUCAUCAAGAUGCAGAUCUUCGUCAAGACCCUCACGGGUAAGACUAUCACCCUCGAGGUGGAGUCCUCGGACACCAUUGACAAUGUCAAGUCCAAGAUCCAGGACAAGGAGGGUAUCCCCCCGGACCAGCAGCGUCUGAUCUUCGCUGGUAAGCAGCUCGAGGACGGCCGUACUCUUUCGGACUACAACAUCCAGAAGGAGUCCACCCUCCACCUGGUGCUCCGCCUGCGUGGUGGUGGUAAGAAGCGCAAGAAGAAGGUCUACACCACCCCUAAGAAGAUCAAGCACAAGCACAAGAAGACCAAGCUUGCCGUCCUCAAGUACUACAAGGUCGACGGUGAUGGCAAGAUCGAGCGUCUUCGCCGCGAGUGCCCCUCCCCCGAGUGCGGUGCUGGUAUCUUCAUGGCCGCUAUGCACAACCGCCAGUACUGCGGAAAGUGCCACCUCACCUACGUCUUCGACGAGUCCAAAUAAAUGGACUAAGUCGAUCGUUCCGCCAUGUCUUCUUUCCGGUAGCGCCUAGCAAUGUUGGUCGUGAAUGUAUGGUGGAUGAGGUUGGGACGUGUGCGCUUUGAUCGUCCCAUAGUGUCCGAGCAAUGAGAAAUGAAAAAAAUUCGAAACCGCUCUCAAUUUAGACUACCUAAUACGUAGACAAACCACAUGUAACUGAGAAAAGCCUACUCAACUAAACUGAUAGAUAAAUCAAAGUAUCAAUCGCUCUACCGAAAUGCG